AUGCCUUCUGUGACCUUUACGAAGGUGUACAAGGAUGCCAUUGCAACGUUGGUUACCAAGGAACUGGGCAAGUGUGUGAAGAUAUCGACGAAUGCACGGACGGUACCAACAAUUGCGCCGCCGAUGCAGACUGUACAAAUACCAUUGGUAGUUUCACCUGUGAAUGCAAGCAUGGUUUCCGAGGUGACGGCUACGUCUGCGAUGACAUCAACGAGUGCUUGGACGGUUUACAUAACUGUGACAACAAUGCAGAUUGUGUCAACACCAAAGGCAGUUUUAGUUGUGUAUGUCACCUUGGUUAUAGCGGCCCUGGGACAUCGUGCGAAGACAUUGAUGAGUGUGCCGAAGGCACGUCUAGCUGUCAUUCUAUCAGUACAGAAUGUCAAAACACAAUUGGUUCCUUCAUAUGUAUCUGUCAUGAAGGGUAUGCAUUCCUCAACCAGUUCCGAUGCACAGAUGUGAACGAAUGCGAGGCAGGAACAGAUAAUUGCCUUUUGGACGGAACUGCCAAAUGUAAAAAUUUGGUUGGGUCAUUCAAAUGUCUGUGCCUCAAAGGAUACAUUGGAGAUGGUGUCACUUCGUGCGUCGGU